AUGGCUUCACGAACGUUAGAAAUCACUGUCAUAUCGGGAGAGAAUAUCCAAAUCCGUGGAAAGCCGAUCAAGAGCGGUUUGUUCGUCACUGUUCGACCCGAGCUUCAAAGCGAAAAUGGCUCUGUUAACACGAAAAUCGAUCGCGAUGGUGAUGGGUUCCCGAGGUGGAAUGAGAAGCUGGUCGUCGAUCUUCCAAUGCACGCUGCGUUCGUCGUUGUGGAGGUUUGUCGGAGUGCUUCUUCGGGACGGAAGGUCAAGAUCGUCGGGACGUCUAGGGUUCCGGUGGCGGACUUUGUCGCUGGAUACUUGCCGGAAAGUCAUUUGCAGUUUUUGAGUUAUAGGUUGAGAGAUGAGAGAGGAGAGAGGAAUGGAAUUAUUAAUUUGUCGGUGAGAGUGAAGUUGGCGCCAGGAAUUGAGAGGAUUGGAGUUCCGGUUCCGGUGGCGAUGCCGGAAGGGAGAUUCCACGGUGGCGGCGUCGGAGUCGUGACAGGUAUUCCGAUAUGGAAUGUUGCAUAUAGAGAUCGAUUUUAA